AUGGAACCGUCUUUCACUUUGGCUCCUGACCCUUUACCUCCAAAUACUUACAUCAAGAAGCCCAGCAUCCUACACUAUAGCGAUACCCAUGCAUCCCUGGACCUUGGCCGCCAUAUAUUGACCGAGAUAGAAGCUUGCGAAGUCCUUCGCAAAAGCCCACACCCCAACGUGGCCCGUAUCUUGGCUGUAUUACUGAGAACGUAUUUUAUGACUCUAUCGCAGAGGAUGAGAGAGGCGGCGACCUUUGAUAAGUCUCUUUGUUUGCGGGGGAUUGAGGAUGGCGUGCGACACAUGCACUCUUUGGGCCUUGUGCACAAUGAUCUCAACCCGUCGAAUAUUAUGAUGGAUGGGAAUAGGCCUGUGGUCAUCAAUUUCGAUUCUUGUAAGCGAGAAGGUGACAGAUUGGGUUUAAAGGGUGGUACAUUUGAUUGGUAA